UUUUUGUUUCUUUUUUUUUUUUUUUUUUCUUCUCAAACUGCAUACAACCGGCGUUGGGUGGGCGAUGACUAAGAUUGCGUGAGGGGGACCCGGAAACCGAUCUCCCAUCAGCAGUUAGGCGACAGAUGAUCUCUGAAUCUCCUUUCUUUUGUUGCUUGCCUCCUUUUCUUUUCCAUCUAUUCGAGACGCGUUGGGCUUUGGUAGGCAAGGCGGUGGAGGGACGGCCGAACAUGUUUGUUGAGGCCGUGGAAUGUGUAGCGCGUUGUAAACACCAAGCAGAAAAGAAAAAACACGAACAAAAAAAAAGAAAGCUUACACUCCAACAAUGUCGAGCGGGUCGUGAAGGGCAACGGGGCGCAAUCAGCUGAGAGUCGAGUUAAGGUUUGCCGCGGACUCCCAUUCGUCUAGGCUAGGCUAGCAGGUCACCCGCAUCCGGUUUCCCCGCAUCCACGAUUUAGCGAAAGAAGGGACUUGUGACGGCGGAGCGCCACCGAAUCAUGGGGCAGAGGCAGCAUGCCGUGGCUGAGGGCGCAGCACCACGCAGACAGCCUGCUUUUCUAUUCUGCACUUUGCGCAGCAGGGCAGCGUGCAGCGCCAAGGGGCAGGAAGACGUAAUUGCGUCGCACAGCAAGCGGAGCUUGUCUGCCGGACACGGCUUGGCGGAGGACGAGGUAAGUAAGAGGGGUGUGCGGGUGGUGGUUGUGCUCAGUGGGAAAAGGGAAUGGCGAACUGACGUCGACGUCGGCAGGCGCGGAGGCGGUGCGGCCUUUGGUUUGACUGCCUGCUUGGCUUAUAUAGGCCACACACACUCUCUCUCUCUCGUUCCUCCUCCCACUACACUACCUUAAGCUUUUGCUUUUCUUUGUUGCCUCUUGGCUGUUACUC